CAUCCACCACCACCACCACCACUGCUGCUAUUGACACCGCGACGGCGACGACGACGACGACAACGAGCGUGGAAAAGAUGGCGGCGCUCAUCAGGCAUGGCUCGCUCGCCAGCGCGUUUAGGAGCACAUCGGCUAUCCUCUUGCCGGCCAGCGCGGUGACCGCGGCCCGCGGCGGCGUCGCCCGGCACAAGAGCGGCAGGCCGGCCAAGACGACGAAGAAGAGGGUCGAGGUGAAGACGCGGAUCGACUCCGUCGGGGAAUCGCUCGCCGCCCGCGGAUUUCUGCGGCCGUACAAGUCCUACGAGCCGCCGGCGGACGCGACCGAGAGGAUCGACAGGAUCUGCGAGAGCCGGAGCAUCCCCCGGCACGACGACGCGAGGCUCGAGGAUCUCGCCCGUCGCUUCGAGCUGUUCGUCGCCUGCGAGGGGGAAUUCAAGCACUCCAUCCCGAACUCGCUGCUCUGCACCAUCGAGAGCAUCGGGGACCUGAAGCGGUUUUACUCGACACCGGUGGACAGCCUGACGCCGUACGAAGCGCUGCGUAAAGUAGAUUUGCCCAAGAAUUUGCACAUCCAACAGGAUUAUCACCGAUUCCAUCCGGACACCGACACCAUGUUCAACGGCAAAACGGCGUUCCCGCAGAGCUCCACCCUCGUGACCGGAAUCAAGUACAAGAAGAAGUACCCCGGGCACAAACAGGAGAAUCCGUGGCUGAACGAGCAGAUGAAGAUCUAAAUGGACAUUGUUGCACCCUACGGAAACAAGUUGCGAAAACUGUAUCGAUUGUAAAUGCAAUAAAUUCGUUAAACAAAA